AUGGAAUCACAUUCUAGCAUUUCUCAGAGACAAUCCUACGAGGCGUCUCGCUCCAGUAUGCCCAGGCGACAAAGUUAUGAAGAAGCUCGUCUUCAAAGACGACGUACUAUGGAAAGCGAACUUGCGACGAUAGAAGCAGAAUCUAUUGGAGAUGCACUUCCAGAGGGAUUAAAAGCAGAGGGAUUUACGGAGAAGGCAGUACCCGUAAUUGUAACCAAGUCUCGAAAAUACUUGCCCAUUAUCUUAAACCUUACACAUGGAGCAAUAUGGGGAGUCUUGGUCCGAAAAGGACUAAUACAAUUGACCACAUAUAAUGGAUCGUUUCUAUCUGGUGUUGUUUGGGCAAAUUUCACUGCUUGCGUUGUUAUGGGAUUGGCAGUUGACGGCGAAGAGUUAUGGAUGACAUUGUUGGAAAACAAGACUUACCCUUCCAAGAGUGCUAUACCUUUGUAUACCAGCAUCACCACGGGUUUUUGUGGUACGGUAUCAUCAUUCUCUACAGUUUUAUUGGAUGCAUUUAACAAAUCGGCCGACACAUCUAUUGGUAAACAUUUUCAAUACCCAAAUAGAGCAUACGGGAUAAUGGAAUUCUUAGCCGUCAUAUUGACGCAAUUGGGACUAUCAAUGAUGGGGUUUCAUAUUGGAAAACACUUGCUGCAAGUUUGUGACAAGUACGUCUCAUCAAUGACCGAGAAAGUUUACCUCUUUUUAGAAAUUUUGUCUAUGGCUCUUGGGGUGUCUUUAAUUAUCAUUACUUGCUUCUUAAUUGGGUUCAAGAGCCAUGGUGCAUGGAGAAGUUGGACAUUUUCCAUGUUAUUUGCUCCAUUUGGUGCCGUACUACGAUUUUACAUGUCGAAGUAUCUCAAUACGAAAAUUAAAAAUUUCCCCAUGGGAACAUUUGCAGCAAACAUGCUUGGUACGCUACUUCUUGCCAUAUUCACACUCUUGGGGAGAGGUAAGUUACCACUGGGAAGAAGAAUCAACUCACAUAUAAUGGGAUGCCAUGUGUUGAUUGGUUUAGAUGACGGGUUCUGUGGUGCAUUAACCACAGUGAGUACUUUCAUGGCGGAGUUGUUUGCAUUGAAAACUUUCCACAGUUAUAGAUAUGGAAUAGUAUCAGUUAUGGUAGGCUAUGCCCUAAUGGUUUUAGUUUUGGGAUCGUACAACUGGACUGUUGGAUUGACUGAUCCCGUGUGCUCAUAA